CGGGCGGCCCCCGGCCGGGGCGGUGCCGCCCGAGCCGCGCUGCGGAGCCGGGGCUGGAGCUGGGACCGGGACCGGGAACGGGAACGGGAACGGGACCGGGAACGGGGCGGCGGAGAGAGGUUAUCGGGAGCGUUUAACCAGGCUCACCUCCUAACUUGCUGUUUACACUGGAGAGGCGUAUUGACAUGAAAACUUUCAGCAAGACCCUUGUACUGCCAUGAGUCUGGGAAGGCUGUCACUUCCGCGGGAGGUAAAAUAAGAACAUGGCAUGAUGACCUUUGGAAAAGGAGCGAUGGCGGCCAUCAGGAAGAAGCUGGUGAUCGUGGGAGACGGUGCCUGUGGAAAGACGUGUCUGCUGAUCGUGUUCAGCAAGGACCAGUUCCCUGAGGUCUACGUGCCCACCGUGUUCGAGAACUACAUUGCCGACAUAGAGGUAGACGGGAAGCAGGUGGAGCUGGCCCUGUGGGACACAGCGGGUCAGGAGGACUACGACAGGCUGCGGCCCCUCUCGUACCCGGACACAGACGUUAUCCUCAUGUGCUUUUCUAUCGACAGCCCGGAUAGCCUCGAGAACAUCCCUGAGAAGUGGACGCCAGAGGUGAAGCACUUCUGCCCCAAUGUGCCCAUCAUCCUGGUGGGGAACAAGAAGGACCUGCGGAACGACGAGCACACACGGCGGGAGCUGGCGAAGAUGAAGCAGGAGCCGGUGAAGCCAGAGGAGGGGAGGGACAUGGCCAACAGGAUCAAUGCCUUUGGCUACCUCGAGUGCUCAGCCAAGACGAAGGAGGGCGUGCGGGAGGUCUUCGAGAUGGCCACCCGCGCGGGCCUGCAGGUCCGGAAGAACAAGAAGCGCAGAGGCUGCCCGCUGCUGUGAGCAGCCCGGCGGGCCGGGAGGCAGCUCUGCCUGCGCCGGCGCCUGCUGCUGUGAGCAGCCCGGCGGGCCGGGAGGCAGCUCUGCCUGCGCCGGCACCCGGCUGCCCUGCGCCGCGUGGGGAGGGAGCGCUGGCAGACGGCUGAAGCGGGACCUCGUGGUGCCAGUACCUGCCCCGAACCCUCUGCACGAGAGCUGCCACCCAAGCCCGCGGGGUGUCCCCGCGAGACUCCGCGGCCGUGAGGGGCCAGUGCCUUCAGUACCCGCUGCUCUCUACGGGCCGGGCAUUUGCGUAGCUCCCCGUGUCGCCCCGUUUUGUACCCACAUCCCUGGUUUUGCCUCUCCCAUGGGGAUUGCUGCAGUGUUUGCUCUCCCUCCCCAGCUCUGGGCAGGUGCCGCAGGAGCGGGAGGUGCUGCCGGCUGCUGCCCGCAGCUUGUGUGUGGGGUCUGCUGGGCCCUCGGCCGCGCGGGCAGCACGCACCAGCGUUUUAUACAGACUUGCCGAGGGCAGCUUUCAGCCCUGUCUGUGCGUGGAGCCAGGCUCGGCUGCCACCCAAAGCGCUCCGCUCCUGGGACCCGUGCUGGGGUAGCGCCUCUGCCCAGCUCUGCCAGUAACGCCUUCUUCGAGUCUGCAUCGGUCACAGACUUAGCACCAGUAAACUGAACUGCAUAAUUGGGAGAAUAAAUGCAAACUGGUAUUUUAGUAAUUGUAA